GGGGACUGUAACUGUAUCCACAUGGCACCGUGGGGCGCAGAAGGAAAGGGCAGGAGAGAUAGUUGUCCUGGGGAGGGGGGGGAAGGUCAAAACGGUCGAGGCCACAUGCCCAAGUCGAAAAGGCUGCAAGUUGACGAGGCAAGCUCAGAGAACGAUGACGACUUCCAGUCAGAAGAAGUGGCGGUGGUGGACACGCAAGGGACGCCAGGGAGCCAGCAAUUGGGUUUUGGGCAGAACGGGGUGUUGAGGGAUCAACUGGCUGCUACGAGACAAGUCGCCAUUGGUGCUGCCGCCAGAGCAUGGCCUAGGACACACAAGGCGCAAGGGCUUGUCAUUACCAAGGCGCUCGUGCAGAGGCAAGCCAUGGGGGCGGAUGAGGUGACGACAAGCCGCGUUCGUGCAACGAUCGUCCCGGUCGCUGGGGGCGGCCGAGUUAACAAGGCAGUGAUCGGGACAGUCCACUCACGUCAUGAACACCCCGCGCAACGGGCGGGGGGUUCAAGCGUGGUGAUAACACCUCCCUUGCAAAAGAAAGUGGAUGCAGUAUGCAGUCGGACGACGAUGGGAGAUCAUCACACUUCUGCAAGCAGAGUCGCAGAAGGUGUGGUAAAGGGCGGGGUCGAUGACGUGCGCCGUGAUGGUAGAAGAGAUGGACAGCGGGAAGGCGAUGAUGACAACGAUCGACCUGUUGCAAGCUGGCGGAAGAGAACUGCAGAGGAGUUUAAUCUGGAGGAGAGGUCAAAGUUAGACGUAGGAGCUGAACCACAGUCCAUGGUCAUAAUGCCACCGAACGAUGUGCCACUCUUCAAGAUCGACGACCCUGCGCAACGUGAACCACCUUUGCAUAGAGCGCGCGUCGUGGAGAACUGGUAAUGUGCACCAUCCACAGGUGGAUCUUCAAAUUGUUGCCGAGGUCGAAUGGUUUCGCUC